AUGGAAGCAAGACUCAACGAUCUCACUCCCGAAGAAGAGAAAAUUAUUUACAACAGCAGCAUGUAUGUGGCUUCUAUGGAACCACUUUACAAGAGUCGUGAUUCCAUAUUACGAGAGAGUGGCUGUUCCGAUCCGAAUCAAUUACCUCCUAUUCAGAAACAAUUAUACGAUGCAGCCAACUCAAGUUUGAAGAUGAUGGAAGAUCAAUUAUUUUCAGUUGGAACAUUGGUCUCUUCCGUUUCAAUGCAAAUGCAUAAAUCACCUGAUGUUGGUAUCGAGCUUCGGACCUUGUUUAGAGUGUUGAUUAGACAUUUGGAUCGAUUAGGAAUGUUCAAAACAACUUUCCUUGCCAUGUUCAUUCAGCUGACUUUUGGUACUCGUUCUAAAACGGAUUUUUUAGUUGAAUUGUUACAUGAUGAGAGAGUGUAUCAAUAUUUGAAGUUAGAAAUUGAGAGUACUGUUGAAAACCAUGUUCUUCUUGCUCCAAUAAUGCCCGCACUUGCAAACAAUGAUUGGAGUUUGUUUGUAGAGAAAUUUGAGCCCUUAUACUUUACUUUAAAUGCUACCUCUGGAAAUGCAUAUUCCUAUGCAGCAAAAGUUUAUGAAGCUGUUUCAAAACAUCCUGAUCGUGUUCUGCCAUAUUUGAAGGAAGCAAUUAAUGCUCUUCAGGCCACAUCUGAAAAAGAAAAGUCUGAAACCAAGGAACAACAUCUUUUGAAUUGUAUCUUUAAUUUGGUGAAUGCUAAUCCUGAAGCUCUUUUUAAUGGUCCCGAUUCCUCUGAACUGAUUGACAAGAUCAACAAGAUCACUCCUCUACUUUUUGAUACAAACAAAACGGUAAUGACUGAAAUAUUUUCUAUUGGUGAAAAAUUGAAAGAAUCUAAUGCAAAUGACUUGAGUUUCGAAGAUGGAGAAUAUCUUCUUAUGGUUGAAUAUAAUGGAAAAAAGAAGAAAAUUAAGGAGAAGAGCAAUCAAACUUUGGCUUCAUUAUUGAAGGUAAUCUUUGAAAAAUGUCAAAUUGAAGAAGAUUGUUCUGAUUUGAAUCAUCUCUAUGACAAGGGAUAUAUUGUUGAGUAUUUUGAAAAUGGUAUUAAUGAUUGGGUUGAAUUAGAAUGGAUUGAGGACAUUCCAAAAACACCUUCUGUUGCAAAAAUUCGAAUUAUAAAAGAAAAGGUUGAAAAUGAACAAAUGGAACAAAUUGUUGAGAGAAAUACCAACAUUCAGUUAGUGAAUGAAAAGUAUCAAAUUUUGAAGAGACUUGGAAAGGGUGGUUUUGGUACAGUAUACCUCGCAAACAAUUUCUCUGAGGUGAUUCCAACCUUGGCAGCUCUUAAAUACAUUGAAAUUGACAGCGUGAUCAACUUUAACCGUUCCAUGAGAGAAGGAAUUCAAAUGCUUCAACUCGAUCAUCCAAAUAUUGCGAAAAUAUUUGACGUCUUUGAAGUUCAAAGCAGUGAUAUUGGUUUAAUGGGUGUAGAGACGAAACGUUAUUUGUGUUUUGCCAUGCCUUACUAUAGUCAUGGUGACUUGUACGACUUGGUGAAAAAUGCACCACAUGUCUUGACACCACUCAUGAUUCGAUCUAUUAUGAAGCAAUUAAUGGAAUCACUCACGUAUCUUCAUGAUGAAAUGAGCAUUGUCCAUCGUGAUAUUAAACCUCAAAACGUGCUCAUUGACUCUAUUAAUAUUCAUGCAAAGACAUUGAAACCAAUUUUGUCUGACUUUGGUUUGGCAAAGACCCUCCUUAAGACGGAGACGCAAAUUGCUGGUACAGCCUCCUACAUGUCUCCUGAGAUGACCUCUCGUAAGGGAUACGACUUAAAGACCGAUGUUUGGUCUAUGGGAGUGAUGUUUUACCAACUCGUUUCCGUUGGAGAUUUUAUCACUGAUGUGAAAGGUAAAAUUAUUGAGAACGAUACAGAUUAUUUGAGGACACAAAUUCAGAGAGCUUGGAGUAGUUCAUCAGGGUCUUCGGCGGCAGACAUGGAAAUCAUCUCGGUUCUCGCAGACAUUACUUUUGAAAUGUUGAAGGUGAAUCCCGACGAACGAUUGUCGGCCAAUGAAGUAUUACAGAAAUUGCAAUAA